UUCCUUUGCAUUGUUUAAACCUUGUGUGUCGGAUAUUGCAGGCUCAGAUGAAUCAGAUGCAGAGUGACAUGCAGGAACAGAUCCAGGCCCAGGUACAAGCUGCCACUGCAAAGGUCUUGGAGGAGAUGGUUGGCUACUUUGGGGCGAUUCAGAUACCAGGUGCGGUAAUACCUCCCAUCCCUCCCUCGUUACUACAGCAACUAGAGGCAGCGCAGGCCCAGGCAGCUUCGCAGGCGCCAGGUGGUGGGCCAGUGGUGUAUUUCGGGACCCCGCCACAGUCAGCGGGUUCGAACCCGACUCCACCAGAGGUGCCUUCUCCACAGGGGCCUUCUCCACAGGGAGGGUUGCACGGUGCCCCUCCUCCACAGUACGUGUACCCUGGCGCUGCUCCGCAGUACACGUGGCCCCCUCGGUGCCCUCCGCAGUUCACUUGGCCAGGGUACUCGACUCGCCCUCCUCCACAGGCCGGGGUCUACGGUGGCCCUCUUCCGCAGGCCGGGUGGCCGACUCUCCCUCGUCCGCCGCCGGGUGCCUCUACUCAGCCGCAGCAGGGUGACCCUGUGUGGGACCAGUGGGCUGAUUCACACUCUGCUCACCAUGGGGAGCCGUAGGUACCUCGCACGUCUCUUUACUUGUUUAUGUGUUGGACUUAGUUGAUGGAUUGUGAUGGACUAUGUGAUGGACUAUGUGUUGGACGUGGUGUUCGUCGAGGAUGGACGAUGUGUUUAUGUGAUUGUGAUGGAUGAUAUGUGGUUGUGGACAUGUCGAUGGUUGUAUUGCGAUAUAUGUGAUAUAUGUGCUAUAUUGUGAUAUA